AUGAGUCUUCUCCCUCCUUUCAGAGAGCUUUCCGACAGCAUUAAAUCCAUCCAAGAUUCAUGGUUCCCAUGUCCUGAGAAACUACUUGAUCUCGCAAUUGAGAGCCAUAUUGCCCACUUGGAGGAGGAAUCCCUCCUCGAGCGUGAUGAUCCAUUCUUCAUCGCCGAUUUGGGCCAGGUCGCUCGCCAACACCGGGCCUGGAAACAGGGUUUGCCGGAAGUUCAACCAUACUAUGCCGUUAAAUGCAAUUCAGAUCCCACGCUGCUCAAAUGCCUCGCUGAUCUGGGAACCGGCUUUGACUGCGCCUCUGUGGAAGAGAUGCGUACGGUUUUGAGUCUCGGUGUGAACCCAUCUCGAAUUCUCUUUGCUAACCCGUGCAAGUCGGCCGCAGCUAUGGAUUUCGCACGUCGGGCAGGAGUUAUGCUGACAACUUUUGAUAACAUUGAUGAAUUGGAAAAAAUAAAAGUGCAUAUUCAAGAUGCAGCCCUUCUCUUGCGGAUUCACGCGAACGAUGAUAGUGCUUUGAUUUCUUUCGGUGAAAAAUUCGGUGCUCACCUAAAUAUAGCGGAAAGUCUCAUCUCGAGGGCAUGGAAUCUACAAUUAAACGUUGUGGGGAUUAGCUUUCACGUCGGUACUGGGGCUUCGAAUCCGCAAGCCUUUUGCCAAGCUAUCAAAGAUGCUCGUCAUGUGUUUGGCCUCGCUGAGCGCCAGGGUUUCAAUCCCGCAAUACUUGAUAUUGGCGGUGGCUUCCAAGACAGUCACUUCAGCCACAUGACUCCAGUUGUUCGGGCAGCCAUUCAAAACGAAUUUCCUUCUCAAGUGGCUGUCAUUGCGGAACCGGGAAGAUUUUAUGCUCGCAGUGCCUACACACUCGUCUCUCAGGUGAUUGCACGACGGCGCCAACUUCAAAAGUCAGCCUCAAUGGGAGCUCUAAAUAUGCUCUACCAAAACGACGGAGUGUAUGGCAACUUUAUGAAUGUUAUCAUGGAGAAGGAGGUGAUGGCUCCCCGCUUGUUCAGUCGAGAAAAGUCGAAGGGAAGGCCCCUUGUUAAAACACUAAAAAAGCCGGACAAUGAGAGGACCACUAGCACACUUUCAACACCUGAAAGCCAUCGAUACUCUAUUUGGGGACCUACCUGUGACAGCAUCGAUUGUGUUGUUCGAGAAAUGACAUUUGAUAGAGAGGUCAGGGUGGGGGACUGGCUUAUAUAUCGGAAUAUGGGAGCAUAUACACUGACUACUGCGACCCAGUUUAACGGCUUCAACUGCUCCCGCAAGAUUCUUUAUGUGAAUAGCGAAUCAAUAUGA